GCCGAUGACCCCGGGAGACAGGGGCCUCGAGGGGCCGCAAGCUAGUGCGCCGCGGGCUGAGCCUGAGAGGCCGGACUGGAGGGGGUGGGGAGGAGGCCGGGAGGGAGGGAGCGAAGGAAGGAGGAGGGCUGGCGAGCUGGAGCCGGCAGGCGGCGGGAGCCCGGGCGAGCCUCCCCAGCGGAGAAGGACGCAGCCAGAGCACAUCCAGGUGACUGAGCUCCACCCCUCAGACCUGACUGGUCAAGACUCCCUGGAGAGGCAGAUCUGGAAGUCCCAGCAUGGGAAUCAGAGGUCCCUAGCCAGUUUCAGAGAUGGGGAAGCAGCAAGCUUGCUCCCCUCAUCAGUGACAGCGAUAAUUAAGAAGGAGCCCCACCAACAUGGAGGCUGAGGACCACUACGUCUAUUGAGUCUUCUGCUCUGCCCUGCCCUGCCCACGGCCUUAGCUGGGUCCCUCAUGCAAUGCUGAGCAGUAAAGGAGACUUGGGGUCAGCUUGCCUGGCUACAGGGCAAGGAUUGUGGGCAUCAUGGGGGUGGGUGUGAGCGGGGCUCCAGGGUGAGACCUAGCCCCCGCCCCCAGGAGUUCAAGGGGGUGGGGGUGGGGCUGAGACUAGGAUGGCUCGGGGUGCCCUGGGGGCAGAAGAGGCCUCCCUCCGCUCAAACGCACUGUCCUGGCUGGCCUGUGGGCUCCUGGCCCUGCUGGCCAAUGCCUGGAUCAUCCUUAGCAUUUCGGCCAAACAGCAGAAGCACAAGCCGCUGGAGUUGCUGCUCUGCUUCCUGGCGGGCACGCAUAUACUCAUGGCGGCUGUGCCCCUCACCACCUUUGCCGUGGUGCAGCUCCGGCGCCAGGCGUCCUCUGACUAUGACUGGAACGAGAGCAUCUGCAAGGUCUUUGUGUCCACCUACUACACGCUGGCCCUGGCCACCUGCUUCACAGUGGCCUCGCUCUCCUACCAUCGCAUGUGGAUGGUGCGCUGGCCCGUCAACUACCGCCUCAGCAACGCCAAGAAGCAGGCCCUGCAUGCCGUCAUGGGCAUCUGGAUGGUCAGCUUCAUCCUUUCCACCCUGCCCUCCAUAGGCUGGCAUAACAACGGCGAGCGCUACUAUGCCCGAGGCUGCCAGUUCAUAGUCUCCAAGAUUGGUCUCGGCUUUGGUGUUUGCUUCAGCCUCUUGCUUCUUGGGGGCAUUGUCAUGGGUUUGGUCUGCGUGGCUAUCACUUUCUAUCAGACACUGUGGGCCCGGCCCCGGAGGGCUCGGCAGGCCCGGAAAGCUGGGGGCAGUAUGGGAGCCAAAGUGGGCGGGCUGGGGGGCUUGGGUACCCGGCCGGCUUUUGAGGUGCCAGCCAUUGUGGUGGAGGAUACUCGAGGGAAGCGGCGAUCCUCAUUGGAUGGCUCGGAAUCUGCCAAGACGUCUUUGCAGGUCACCAACUUGGUCAGCGCUAUCGUCUUUCUCUACGACUCACUCACCGGGGUGCCCAUCUUGGUGGUGAGCUUCUUCUCCUUGAAGUCCGACUCGGCUCCACCAUGGAUGGUGCUGGCUGUGCUGUGGUGCUCCAUGGCACAGACGCUGCUCCUGCCCUCCUUCAUCUGGUCCUGUGAGCGCUACCGCGCUGACGUGCGCACAGUGUGGGAGCAGUGUGUGGCUAUCAUGUCGGAGGACGAUGGCGAUGACGAUGGAGCCUGUGAUGACUACACAGACGGCCGAGUCUGCAAAAUUCGCUUUGAUGCCAAUGGGGCCACAGGGUCAGGGGGUCGGGACCCCAGCCAGGUGAAACUGCUGCCUGGACGGCACAUGCUGUUCCCGCCUCUCGAGAGAGUACACUACUUACAGGUCCCUUUGUCCCGCCGGUUGUCCCAUGAUGAGACCAACAUCUUUUCUACCCCUCGGGCACCAGGCUCCUUCCUGCACAAAUGGUCAUCAUCCGAUGAUAUCCGGGUCCUCCCAGCCCAGAGCCGAGCCCUUGGGGGCCCUCCUGAAUACCUGGGACAGAGACACAGGCUGGAGGAUGAGGAGGAUGAGGAAGAGGCUGAAGGCGGGGGCUUAGCCAGUCUUCGCCAGUUCCUAGAAAGUGGGGUUCUGGGGUCAGGUGGGGGACCCCCACGAGGCCCUGGUUUCUUCCGAGAGGAGAUCACCACUUUCAUCGAUGAGACACCUCUGCCUUCUCCAACUGCCUCACCAGGACCCUCUCCUCGUAGGCCCAGGCCACUGGGUUUUUCACCUCGACGCCUCUCCCUUGGGUCUCCUGAUAGCCAAGCUGUUGGGCUUCCUUUGGGGCUAAGUGCGGGGAGACGCUGCUCUUUGACAGGGAGCGAGGGGAGUUCAAGGGCUUGGGGAAGACCCUGGGGCCCAGGCAACCCCAUCUUCCCUCAGCUGACCCUGUGAGGUUACAUGAGCCUGCUUAACUCAGAGGAGGGGGCAUGGGUGAGUAUUCCUCAUUCUGGCCCUGAGCCUAUGGCAGCUGCCUCCGAGGAGAUGGGCGCUAGAUCUGGGCUCUAGGGCCCCAGCUCUCUCCCAUCCAAGUGACCAGACACCCUACUCACCCAUCUUUACCCCUAGCAAAAACGUAUUAAAGGCUGAAGUAUUGCCAUGGAAACCCUGGUCUCCAGCGUCUGCGGUAGCAAAGGGUACUGUCUGGGGGGGGGGGGUUGGAGGAGGAAGGGUGGCUCACAGAGGACAAGAUGGAGAAAGGGCAGGGGAAAGAGGCACAGAAGGAGAUCGGUCAACACGCAGACAGGAGGGACGGACUCGGGGCACGUGACGCUGGGGUGGGGUCCUGGACACUGGAGUGUGCUAGUUUGAAAUGCAAAGGAUCUGUGUGCAGAUUAGUAGAAGAGUUCAAUCCUCUUCUCCCCUAAAGGCGCCCGGGUGCGCCCUUGCUGGGUGAAAAGUUUUGGGGCCAGAUUGGAGUCCCAAGCCCGGAGUCAUCCCUUUCCACGAUGCCGCCCAAACAUCCUUUGAUGGGCUGGCAGAAGUGUGGGUUAGAUACACGUGUGAGGGGCGUCCACAGUUCUUUUCCGGGACCCAAGGAUAAACGGGAACAAAAUUAUCCCCACACCACAGGCCUCCCAGAUCCCCUAUUUCACCCUCCUGUCUCCAUUUCCUUUUCUUACCC